CGCCGCCCGAUGGGCGGAGUCGCGACGGCUGGCUCUGUCGGCGGCGCCCGGCGGGGAUGCGGCUGGCGCAGCGCGGCGUUCGGUCGCGGCAGCGCCCAGCCCUGUGCGGCUUCGGUCCGACGGUUUCUGGCCGGUCCUGGCCCCCCGCAGCGCGGGGCAUGGACGCUGCGGGCCUCACGCUGAAGCUGCUCCUGGUGGGAGACAGCGCCGUGGGCAAGUCCAGCCUCCUGCUGAGGUUCACGGACGGCGCGUUCGACCCGGGCCUGAAGCCCACCGUGGGUGUUGAUUUUAAAGUGAAGAAAAUGGUGAUAGACGGCCAUGCAGUGCAGCUUGCGAUAUGGGACACAGCAGGACAGGAACGCUUUAGAACGCUGACUCCCAGUUAUUACCGAGGAGCUCAAGGGGUUGUUUUAGUGUAUGAUGUUACAAGAAAAGACACUUUCGCAGGACUAGAGAGCUGGCUGAACGAGUUGGACACGUAUACCACCAAAAGCAACACGGUGAAGAUGUUAGUUGGCAACAAAACCGAUAAGUGGUGCUUUUCCGGGGACUUCCUAAAAGCGGCGAGCGUAGCGUGUUUCAGUCAUGUUCUUCAUUCGUCUCUGCAGCCUGAUCGGGAAGUAGAGAGAAAGGAAGGACUCCAGUUUGCUAGGAAACGCUCACUGCUUUUUAUAGAGACCAGUGCCAAGACACAAGACGGAGUGCAGCACGCCUUUGAGGAGCUGGUCAUAAAGAUCCUGCAGACACCAGGUCUUUGGGAUAAAGAUGCAGAGAAGCGGGGAGUCCAGCUAGCGGAGUCUUCAGCGCAGCGGGAUAAAAGCUUAUGUGGUGCAUACUGUCCCCUUUCAUAAAUCUACAGGUGGCUCUUCUGUCUGAAUGGAGUAGACCUUUUGGGGGUUUUUUUGUUUGUUUGCUUUUUUUUAAAAAAAAAAAAAGGGGAGCGGGGAUGCCAAAAAGUAGCCUGUGCCUUGUUUGACCUGCCAUUAAUUGCGUAGAUCCAAAACACGAGCCCAUUAGCAAAAUACAUUUUUGUUCAUUAACAGAAUAGGCUUUAUCCUUACGCACAACUGAUCACUCCGGACAUUUUUCUGGUAACUGUCAGAUUUUUGGCUAUUAAAAUCGUAACGCUGCUUUAAGUAGUGUGCUUUUGCUGCAUGGCAUUCAACGUGGACUUCCUUCUGAAAUUCCUGCCUUGGCAUACAAUAAAGUCGUACUUCGUUUUGGGGUGUUAUUGAAAAGCUGCUCUUCCCCAGAAUGGCAUGGGAGCCUUUUAGGCACCCAGGUUCCCUUAAAUGUAGUUAACGGUCGGGAGUCACCCUGAGCAGUGGCAGUGAUUCCCUGUUCCAGAUGGUUUUAAGCAGUCAAAAUUGCUACUCGUCCCUGGAUAGUAAGUUGAGUUACUACUUAACGUUAGGGUUGUAGUGAAGAGGCGUAUCUAGUAGCAUUUGGCAGGAAAAAAAAAAAGAAAAAACCAACCAUUUUUCAUGGAGUACGCUGUAGGUUACCCCUUGCUGCUCUUAAACGCUUUGUGCUGCGGAUCGCUGGGGGAACGGAGUCAUCGUUUUGGGCUGCUUUCCACGUUGGGCCCUUUUUGCCGUUAAGGGGGCUCUCUGCAAACCCGUUUUCCUGCCCUCCUUCAGCAAUCACUGGGCUAAAACUAAGUUUUAUAUGCAAUGUGCUGGCUAUGGAAGACUUUCCACGAGGAUGAGUCUGUCCGUUGCCAAUCCCAUGCUGCAGUUCUGCCAGAUAACGACCUUUCUUCUGCCGUUUCCCUCCCCCGUUACACUCGCUGCCUUUUCUUGAAAACAAACGCAGUCGUGGGAGAUGUUAGCCUAGGCUCUGAUCUCGGUACCAAUGCCUACAAAAGACUUCUGUUUGGCUGCCCGCGACGCUGGAAAAGUAUCACAUUUGGGGACAAUGUUAAAAUAAUUUAAAAUGUAAACUGAAGUGCUCGUAAACAAGUGACAAAUCCAAAGUCAGUCGUUCAUUACAGGACAUCGUCCAGACAGAACAGAGAAAUCGCACUUUUUAAAAGAUGUACGUGUUGAUGAUUCAUCGCCAUCAGGUUAAUGUAUUAGUGCCUUCCCGAGUCUCACCAGUGAUGCGUCAUGGAUGCUGCCGCAACACAGCUGAAGACAAGGCAUAUGAACUUCGGUCUCACUUUGGAACUCUUCUGGUUUGUUCUCUGCAAAGUUCCUCUUUGGGGAGCCGUCGUCUUCUGCGACAAGCGUGCCGGUGUAAUUGUUGCUGGAGUGAAUAGCGGUGCCUGUAUUGGGUUCAUGCAUUAGCCUCUGUCUGCCUCGCAGGGGGUGUAAGUGGCUGCCGAGUCGGGAUAUCCCUCCCGUAUGUUUCCCUCUGCUGAAAUCAGUCCGGGGGGGACGGCAGAUCUUGUAGUCGUUUUUAAUGUCUGUAGCAGUGGAAACGCGUCCGCUUCCAGCCAGCUGACGGACCGCUGCUUACACUUGCAUCUUGGUUUCGGUCUGUGAGAUGUCCCUUUGGAAUACUUCUCUCAGCUUCUGAGAGGACAGAAAAGACAGCGGUUUCUGUUGGUGUCACCGCCAGCAGCUGGACAGGCGUCCUGCGAGCAGGCGACCGAGGCUGUAGAUCGUUAAACUGCCGAGUGUCUAUGGGCAAAACGGGAGCAUGUCACCAUUUGGGAUUGUCUGGAAUCUCCAGGUGUGACGGCAGACGGAGCAUGGACACGAGAAAAUAAGAUGAGGACGUUGAGUUCAGAAGACGGGAGGCCGUGGCAGCUGUAGCAAAGCCAUAAAACCAGGUGGGAAGGAUAGCAAGGAGGCCAUCGCGAGAAGACAGAGAUGCGUGACUGCUCAGCAGCGGGCCAGACAGUGGUCCAGCUGCGUUCUCUGCUGUUUGUGUGGGUUUUUUUCCGGUGACGGGCAUGGCUUGCGUGCACUGAGCCUGUCACCAGGGGAGUCGCUUCUUUCCUACAUUUCCUGGGGUUAAGAAGAAACUGCAGAGAAGAUGGCGUUCUCUUGCUGUCCUCUCGAAUGUGGGCAAAACCGCUUUGCCGGUCUGCGCUGCAGGCGGUAUCUGCCGUCCUUAGGAGGCCCCGUUAAGAAUGGUGUAUUUUUUAGACAUCAUUAAACAGCUGGCAGCCC